AUGUUCGUCAAUGCUUUCUUUGUCAAAGUUUUCCUCUUCGUCUUCUUUGUAGAUGUCUUCUUCAUCGAUGUAAACUUCGUCAAAGUCUUAGUAGAUGUUUUCUUCUUGGUUGAUGUGAUCUUCGUCUACGUCUCCUACGUGACUUCUUCUUUGAAGACAUUUUCUUCGUGGAAGUUUUUUUUCUUUGUCAGUGUCUUCUGUGUUGACGCUUUCUUCUUCAUCUCUGUCUUCUUUGUUGAUCUCUUAAUCUUUGUUAAAGUCUUCUUUGUAGACAUUUUCUUCACCGAUGUCAACUUUGUCAAGGUCUUCUUCGUUGAUGUCUUCUUCUUGGUUGAUGUGAUCUUCGUCUACGUCUUCUUUGAAGACAUCUUCGUGGAAGUUUUUUUCUUUGUCAGUGUCUUCCGUCUUGACACUUUCUUCUUCAUCUCUGUCUUCAUGUUUGUCAAAAUCUUAUUUGUAGACUUCUUCAUUGAUGUCAACUUCAUCAAGGUCUUCUUCAUUGAUGUUUUCUUCUUGGUUGAUGUGAUCUUCAUCUAUGUCUUCUUCGCGACCUCUUAUUCUUUGUAG